UAUCAAUCCAUUUAUAUUUAAGGCAUUUGCACCGUCUCUCCCUGAAACAAUGGCUUCCCUCUCUCUCCUUCUCUUUCUUGCUCUAACUUUUCUUUCUGUCUCACGAUCCGCCUCAGUGCGCUGCAACCCGAAAGACCAAAAAGUACUCUUCCAAAUCAAAGAAGCCCUCGGCAAUCCCUACCACCUGGCCUCCUGGGUCCCAGAACACGACUGCUGCGACUGGUACUGCGUCGACUGUGACUCCACCAACCGGACCUUCUCCCUCACCAUCUUUUCCGGCAACAUCUCCGGCCAAAUCCCCCCCGCCGUCGGCGACCUGCCUUACCUUGAAACCCUCGUCUUCCGCAAGCUCACCAACCUCACCGGAACCAUCCCGCCGGCCAUCGCCAAACUCACACGCCUCAAGAUGCUCCGUCUCAGCUGGACCAACCUCUCCGGCCCCGUCCCUUCUUUCCUCAGCGGCCUCAAAAACCUCAACUUCCUAGACCUCUCUUUCAACGAGCUCACCGGCUCGAUUCCUCCCUCCCUUUCCCAGCUCCCCAACCUCGACGCCCUCCACUUGGACCGGAACAAGCUCACCGGGUCAAUCCCGGAAUCCUUCGGCAAGUUCGCCGGAAAAGUCCCCGCUCUUUAUCUCUCCCACAAUCAGCUCACGGGCCCGAUACCCACAUCCCUGGGUGAUCUCAACUUCACCGACAUUGAUGUCUCGCGGAACAAGCUUUCCGGCGACGUAUCGUUCCUGUUUGGCCCCAAAAGCGUCUUGCAGUCCGCUGAUUUCUCGAGGAACAUGUUCGAGUUUAAUCUCACGAAGGUGGUCUUUCCGGCGAGCUUGACGUGGUUGGAUUUAAACCAUAACAAGAUAUAUGGGAGCCUCCCGCAAAGUUUGGCUGACCUGCAGUUGCAGCACUUGAACGUGAGCUACAACCGGCUCUGUGGUCAGAUUCCGGUCGGCGGGAAGCUGCAGAGUUUCGGGGUGACGGAGUAUUUCCAUAACCGAUGCUUGUGUGGGGCUCCACUGCCAGCCUGCAAGUAGAGAAGAGCACUUGCCGGCGUACGGAGUCGCCGGAAAGCUCGUGCUUUUCUGUAAUAAGUGAUUCCAGUUUGAAGUGUUAGCCUAUCUACAACGCUCCCUAUUCUGCUCCCUGUUAUAUUACAACCGGCUCUGUGGUCAGAUUCCGGUCGGCGGGAAGCUGCAGAGUUUCGGGGUGGCGGAGAAUUUCCAUAACCCCGAUGCUUGUGUGGGUCUCCCCUGCCAGCCUGCAAGUAGAGAAGAGCAGUGGCCGGCGUACGGUGUCGCUGGAAAGCUCGUGCUUGUCUUUAAUAAGUGAUUCUAGUUUGAAUGUUAUAAAUAAAUUCACUUCCUAUUUUAA